CCUAAAACAAAAAGCCAUAUGGUUUCUAGUAGGCUCCUAGCCCAUUUCUUGUAAAUAGUUUAUUUCUUUUAUGUGCAAUAUCAAUAUCUUGGGCGAAUCAGCAAAUAAAUAAAUAAAAAAAAAGAAAAUACUCAUGAUUUAUAUGUGGUUUACAGGUAUAAACUAUUAUAAACUGGCCGUUGAGAAAGAUCGUGACUCAAUUUUUACGACCGGCAUAUGGAAACUAGCCUUUAGAGAUUUUAGAGGUCGUUCUGGGUCGCCAAGCAAAUCAUAUGAUUUGAAUAUCCCAUUAUUUAUAAGUGCAUGUGUUAUGAAGACAAGCAAGUGCGACUUCCCGUUGACACCAGUUGACGUAUAAAUCCGCGAACAAUAAAUUACGUAGGCAGACCCACAACAAAGUUGUUCAAACCUGUUUGGAAGAUUUGUUUCUUUAAAGGCGUCAUCUAAACGAGACGUAAUUGAAUUAUUGCGUUGAUGGUAGAACUCGAAUGUAUAAGCCGAGGUUUAAGCCAAGAAGACAGAGUUUGGCGAAUAAAUAGGUAUGCUUACUUUGAAUGAAUGAUCGUAAAAAGGUUGUGACUUUAUAUGGUCUAGCAGCUUUAAUACAAAGUCUACAAACCAUGUGUUUAUAUUUGUAUUCUGUACUGGUAUGUGUAGGUAUAUGUUUAAACUUGUGUGUAUCUACUCUUGUGGCUAACCAGUAUAGCGUUGUCGCGACGGUAACUCCAAUACUGAUAAUAAUAAGACUGCUCACUUGUAUAGCUAGUACAUUUGAACGAAUCUGAUACAAUGACUUAUUUCUGUGUGGCGUAUUUUGCGGUGUGAAGUUCAGACUGUGUCAAAACGUGGAUAUCCUUGCCACAUCCGUUCUCAGCCUAUAUCAUUCUACAAUAAAUUUCUGUGAUUUGUGUCUGAACUGCGGGGCUAAAAAACAUAUUUCAAACGUAGGGCCGAUCCAGACUCCAGUGUAGAUAGUUCCACAAUAAGCUGUCGUGGUUUGUGUCUGAACUAUCUGUAAAAGAUAUCUCGAAGGUGGGCUCCCAGUGUAGGCAGUAUCCAAUACAAUAAGCUGUUGUGGUUUAAUUAUGAGAACACUGCGACAGCUGAUCGAAGAUCGUUCUGGGAAGUUAAGCCAGUUAACGUUAUUAGCGAAUUUAAUUGCUGCGUCGAUAAUAAUACUCGAUUUUGAGAAGUACCGGUAAUAGGCUAGCAUGAAUGCAUGAUACACAAAAGACACAAAGGUGACAAAGAUACGCCUUUUCGCUGUUCGCGCGAGGCCAUCUUGCACAAUGGUCAAACCACAUUGGCACAAUGCUAGCCCUGGUAUUGUUGCUUCAUUGUGUUCACCCCACUUUGUAAGACUUUCAGUCAAAAUAUUCAAGUCUAAACUUAUAUUCAUCGUAUUCAACUGCAAUAGCGGAAAUUGAUUACUGAAUAUCUCCAUUUUGUGUUUAUAAUUGUAAAUUGUUUCUUUGGUACGUGAUUAUUAAAAGGUUGAUGGCGAAUCAAGACAGCGAAAACAACAAUACAACUGGAGUGUCUGUGACACAACCUAAAGUGUUUGUUCUUGGUGAUCACGCAACAAUCCACGUGACAGAAACACAAGGUAAUCACUGAUGAUAGAAAUUAUAUUUUAUUGCAAACUUGUAAUUCUUUGCAUUUGCGUACUUUGUACAGCAUCGUGGCUCGUGCAUUUUCGUACGUCCGGCGUCGUCGCCUGUGCAAAGCAUUACGUCAUGUUCGGUUUAGUAAUUACUCACCACUAAGCGGCAAUGUGCCCUCUUAUUUUUUGACAUUAUUUUACUCUGUCUUACGUCAGACUAUUUUACACAUCAAGGGGAGAGAUUAAUUAAAGGUUAAACUCCAAAUGCACUUGUGUUAAUAGAUGUGUAAUAUCUUCUUUCUUUGCAAAAGAGGUCCAAUAUGUCUUUCGCUACUAUCUCUAUCCACUUGUUUUGACAUGUAGUCCGGUCAAGGUCAUGCAGUUUCUUGACUGUCAAAGAAACUUUGUUUCUGCAGCAAAACCACAUUUGAGGAACAAUGAUUAAGUCAUUCCAAGAAUUCCUUGGGAAAUAGUGUUUUGUUUCUUCCUGGAAGUCUUAAAAUAGAGAUUUUAUUUCCGGAACGUUUCCAAGAAUCCAAGCGUGGGCAAACAGGGAAACGGUAGUUGUAUUGAGGAAACAUCAAGAUUUUCAGAUAUUUCUGCAACAACACUUCCAAGGGUGGCAUGGAAAUCAAGAUUCUCUAAUUUUCCCAGGGCUUGACAUUUCAUUAUUUUACUUUAGGUCCAUAUUCACCACCUAAUCCAACAGAACCGGAUGCUCCACCCGAAGAUUCAGGUAAGAAGGAUUGGCCUGAUUUAUGCUGGAGACAAGCAUACGUCAAAGUACAUCAUCACAGAGUAAUUACAUACAGAUGUCUCACUUCAGGUUGAUUUUUUCAGUCCGCCAUGUUCUUAGCAAAUGCCCUAAAGAGAGGCCGUUACCCCCUGAAAACAUAUUGAUAUUUAAUGUUCCCCUGGGGUGAAUGCCUCCCUUUAGGGCGCUUGCUAAGAACAUUACAUGGCCACCAGAUAUGCGCAGUAAAAACUACCUUACGGUUUCCCCACAGAAGUGAGACCUCUGUAUGUACUUACACUGUGAUCUCGUUUUGUAAACGUCUUGAAAAUGAACUGGCUAGAGUAGGGAGUUUACGAUCUACGACCUGCCUCGUACCCAGGCGCUUUAAAUAAUUACAAUACAUGAAGUAUUCAGGUAGGUAGGCGAAGCGCGAAGGGGCUGUUGGGAAGGGUGCGUGCUCUCUUCCCAUCAGCCCCUUCGCCCAUCUCUCCCCACUACAAUACUUCAUGUAAACUCGUCAUAUGCGCAUCACUGUUGUUUACAAAGAGACGCCUGGGUACGAGGCAGAUCUACGACGCGGUCGGCUCGACGACGCGCUUUCAAAACAAAGAAAUUUGUCAUUCAAGACAAAAACUGUGAAUAAUUCGUGGUCCCAGGGGUAGCCCGCGUGCAGGCCCAAGGGAAGAAUAGUGGGCUGCACGCGGGCUAUCCCAGGGUUAUUCUCAACGGCGUUGUCAUGCUCAGCACAACGUUAAACUAAGCAUAUUAUCACGUCGUUCAAGCAACGUGAAAGCUUAAUGCGACCCAAGAGAUGUUACUUAAAGUCGAAAUUACAGCGAACAUUGCAUCGCUUUAGCCGAACGUAGCAGUUUGUAUUGAGGUUAUUUGAAAAAGCGUCAAAUAUUUACUGCAGUAAUCAAUUGCUUAGUUGAGGUUUCAAUUUAAUAAGGCAUUGAGAUAGUGUAGAUUUAUAGGUAAAGUUUUGAAUCUGUUGUUGCAUAUUAAAUUUGUGUUUUGUUGUGAGUUUUUUUUUGGGUUUUUUUUUUUUUGGGGGGGGGGGGUGUUGGCUCAGAGUCACGUAUUUUAUGAUGGGGUGUACUGCUCAGCUAGCUUUCACACACUGUCACAAAUGGUAGGGAGGGGUUAAAAAGUGGCAAAAAAAGCAUCGUGUAUUUUGCGAAUCGCCCCAUACCUGAUAUUUCCAUGGCAGUUCGUGUAAUGCUGUAUUUAUACAUAUUUAUACAUGCAUUAGGUGCAUAGACGGGGAUCAUCCGUCCAAAGAACCUAUACACGACGGAUUCUAGACAAACUAUGCAGAUACACAGACGAAUUAUCAGACAAGCUAUCUUUAUCGGCCCAAGUUCGUCCAGACAAAUCAUCCGUCUCCAGUAUAGAGACCAUGCCAUUCUUGAACUGACAAACCUUAUAUUUGUUGCUUUCUUAUUCAGGUGAAGACGAAUUAAACGUAGUAAAUAAAGUUUCAGAAUUCAUUCGAAAGGACUACUCAAUCAAUUACGCUAAAGUGAACCGCAAUGAGUUGAAACCCCAACAGACAUCCUUGCAAGAAGUCUUUCUUAAACCUGAUUUACAACUUGUCGACACUGAUUCCUGCGACUCUGUGCAAAAUGACUGUGAUUCAAUGUACAAAGUCUUUGGAGCUAACAAUGACAGUCAGUCACCUAGCCGAGUCCUGAUUUACGGUCAAGCUUUUAUGGGCAAGAGCAUAUUAUGUCAAAAAUAUGCGCACGAUUGGGCAAAUCCGAGUUUCCAAUGCCCCCAACCCUUUAACCAAUUCAAAAUAGUUAUUUUCAUCAAGUUGUCUGAAGUCAAUGGAACGCUAGAGGAAAUUUUGGAAAGAGUGGUCUUUUGCGGCCGUUUGACCGCAGACGAAAAGGCGAAGUUUCAUAACUACAUGAAAAAGUAUCCUCACGAACUGUUAUUCUUGUUGGAUGGUGUUUCCGAAUGUCCCGUAGAUAUGUUAACCCAUAUCAAGAAUGUUCUGCUAGAUCAGGAAUACAGAGGGGCGUAUUUAAUCGCGACAAUCCGCCCGGCGCCGAAAUAUAAUCUGUGUUUGAGACUAUCAAAGGAUUUUCAUGCGCGUUAUUGCAUCACUGGUUACAGCGAAGCCAGUGUUUUAGAGUAUAUCUCGAAGUAUUUUCGCCACAACGAGACGAAAAGUGAAAAGUUGAAGGAGUGUUUGGAAAGCAACUCUGAUUUGAUGCAACUCGCAAGAAUUCCACUGGUAACGUUGGUUCUAUGUGAACUUUGGAACGAGCAGCUAGACCAGUCGCUAACGAUAACAAAGCUCUUAGGUCGUUACACGCACGUUGUUCACAAGUUGUUUAAGUUAAAGUCGGGUGAAGAGAUAAGAUUGCAAGGUGUUUUGGGCAAUCACGGACAUUUGGCCGUGUCAGGCAUGAGGGAGGAUAAGACACAGUUUACGCAAGACGAGUUAACUAAUUGCAAGGUACAAAGAUUCUUUUACUACAUGUUCCUUAUUGAUCUUACAUGCUGUUUCCUACUGCAGUAUAACAGGAGGAAACAUCAAUACGAGAUGGACCGCUUACUGGACCUCUGUGAAGAACAACAUAAAACUGAUAGAGAUAUAUUCCCUAUAAAGUUAGUCUAGUUUAGGUUUCUUCCAACUAACAACUGUACUAGAUCAAUAAGAGAUUAACUGUACUAUAGAUCAUUAUCGGACCUCUAGGGAUAACAGAUUAGAACUGAUAGAGCUAUCCAGUGUAAAUAAAGUUAGUUUAGUUUAGGUUUCCUCCUGUAGUAACACUGGACCAAUAAGAAAUGACCCUUACUGGACCUCUUGGAAGAACAGUUUAGAACUGAUAGAGGUAUAUCCAGUAUAAAUAAAGUUAGUUUAGUUUAGAUUUUCUCCUGCAGUAAAACUGGAUCAAUAAGAGAUGAUCCUUAUUGGACUUCUAGGGAGAACAUGCAGAUUAGAACUGAUAGAGUUAUCCAGAAUAAAUAAAAUUAGGCUAGUUUAGGUUUCCUCUUGUACUAACUUCUAGUGAGAACAGAUUAGAACUGAUAGAUCUAUCCAGUGUAAAUAAAGUUAGUUUAGUUGAGGUUUCCUCCUGUAGUAACACUGGAUCAAUAAGAGAUGAUCCUUACUGGACCUCUAGGAAGAACAGUUUAGAACUGAUAGAGCUAUCCAGUAUGAAUAUAGUUAGUUUAGUUCAGGCUUCCUCCUGUAGUAACUAUUGGCUUAUUGUGGACUAGUUAUUUAAUUUCGCUUGAUAGGUGGAUGCCAAUGUUGGAUACCUUGGCACAGAGCUUAACGACGACGGAUCAUACAAAUUUGCCCAUGAGAAACUACAACAGUACUUCGCAGCCAAAUGGAUAGUUGAAAACUGGGGUUUGGAGGAAACAGAAGAACUUAUUUCUAUGAUGCUUCUUCAUUCGGAAAAUCGCACUUGUUUAUCUGUCCUUAUUUUUAUCGCUGGUUUAUUGGCAGAAAAGAAAGACAGACGCACACUGCUCCAGUGGUUUGAAAGCUUAACAAAGACAACGUCGGAAACUUUCUUCCAAGAUUCAUGCUAUUGUAGUAGAAUGGACCUAUUUCUCGCAAGCGUAGCCGAGGCAUGGAACGAGGAUAAUUCCCAAGAAAUUUCAAGUCUUUGUGUUGGUUUUGAACCGUUCAAGAAAACUAAAACACCGAACGGUUAUCCAUUAUUUAUGAGCCACGGUGCAGCUCAAGGGUUGGGGCUUGUUGUGAAAGAAUUAGGACUCGCGAGACUUAAUCUUAGUAGAAUAAUGAUUUCGUACCCAGAGGCAAAGGUGAUCGCUUCAAAAUGUCUUCAAAAGAAUAGCAUGCUUGAAAGUGUGAAGUUUAAUCACUCGUGUCUCUGUCCUGACGCAGUACACGCGAUUUGUGUUGCAUUCGAAACCAUGCUUCGACUUAAAGAGGUGGAUCUGUCGUGUUGUCAUUUUGGAGACAAAGGAUUGCGCGCGGUUGCUGAUCUUAUAAAACAAAGUCAGAUCACUUCAUUGCACCUUGGGAAACAUCUAGAUUGCUACGUCGAGAAAGAACAGGUAGGAAGAAGGUUUUGGCAUCUUUUAUAUCGUAAGAUGGCCAUAUAUGUACUAUUUAAAGCACGAGUAGGAGUGUUUUAUCACAUAUAAAACACGACGCGUAGCGGAGUGUUUUAUAUGUGAUAAAACACGACUACGAGUGCUUUAAAUAGCUUAAAAAACGAGCCAUCUUCUGAUGAGUACAUUAGCGAAGUAAUUUUUAAAAUAAACUUUGUCUAAACCGAGAAAAUCAAAGCUAAAGUUUAUGUAAAUUAACAUGAUUUUUUAUCACAUAUAAAACCACGACACGCUUAUGAUUUUUCUUUGUGUUUUCCUCCUGAAUUAUUAAUGAGUUUUUUAAAUAUAUAUAUGUGUAGUGUAACUCCCUUUUAAAAAUCUGAAGGCAUCGUUGAAGUAACUUUUGAUUCUGUUGAGUCAAGUUCUCAGUAAUAAAGAUUUGGGGCAUCUAUUCAUUUAAACUACCUACCUAGCUUAUCAACAUCUCCACUUGCUAAUGUCUUAUUGAACUAACUCGUAAUUACUAUAUAUUUGUCUAGGUCGAACACUCGAAACAAAAGUUCAAUAGGGAAGAUAGUUCGAGCAAAAUUAAACACCUUUCAAAUUUUCAAGAGGAUUGCCAGAACUCCCCACCCAGUGAUGAAGCAAUGAAGGCUUUGAUUACCGCAAUGGAAGAAGAGGCAGAAAAUGAAAAUCAACUCAUUCAAGAUAUUUCACUCCCUUCAUCUUGUGUGGGUGUGUUUGUCAAUCAGUGGUUGCAUGUUUUUGGCCAGAAUACACAACUGAAUCGAAUCAAGUAAGGAUAGAGUAUCAGUAUUGUUUUGAUACGAUUCAAAAUAAUUUGGCGUUUGGCCUUGGUAUUUCACUGAUUUAAUUUUUAAUUUAUUAACUUGAUAGUUAUUACAAAGUAAUAAUAUACAUUUAACGAACUAUUAAAAGUAGAUUAUAUGACAGGGCAUUCACAAUAGCGAUUAGCCAAUUGCUGCGAACCCAAGAACAAUACGUUAGCAUCAAAUAGCAAACAACGAACUUUAUGCAUUUAUACAACUAAGACUCUCGCCCGUAUUCUAAAAGAUCACUCACAUUCAAUGAGUGGAGGUUCAAUCUGAGCUUCUCGUGAGUGUCAAUGCUGUUUUUGAAUAGCUGAAGGGUUAGUGUCGUACCUUACUAUAUGACUAUACUCACCCUCCAGCUAUUCAAAAACAGCAUUGACACUCAAGAAAAGCUCAGAUUGAACUUCCACUCAUUGAGUGUGAGUGAGCUUUUAGCUAGAAUACGGGCGUCUAAGUAUUUAGCUAGCUACAGCGACUGGUCAUGCUAUGAUAAUAACAUGACCAGUAUAAAAUGACCAUGAUAAUAUUUCCAAGGCGUUACUAUUAUUCCGUGCAUCAACCUAAUACAGUAAUUCUUUCUGUUUUUGUCCACUAUAGGAUGCAUUUGAAAGAGCUAAACCAAAAUGUGCAGGAUGAUUUAGUCAAGCUUGUCAACAGUAUGCCAAACCUUCAGAAAAUGAGGUAUAUAGAUUUAUUUGAUAAUUUUCAAAAUAAAUUGAAGGGAACAGGUUUGCGGAUCGUCGGAUUUCACAGAAAAAAUUGUUCGGAUUUCGGAUCUGGCGAAUAAUUCACACGGAUUUGCGGAUCUUAUUAAUACAGCGGAUUACGGAUUUAUCUAAUAUUUUGGCCCGGAUUGUGGAUUUAGCUUGCAAUUUAGUUCGGAUCCUGGAUUGUGACUUCAUAGUAGAGCUUUUAGCGGAUUCUCACGUGGACUCUUCCAUUGUCGGAUGGCGGAUUUUGCUUCAUUUGGGCAUUAGGGGAUUUGUAUACCCCACCCCCCCCCCCCCCCCACUGAAUAAAGAAAUGCCGAUCAAAAUUUCUACAGCCUACUAAUAAUACCAAUUCCCUUAACUAAAGCAAACAAUUGCUGUAUAAAUAAAGUUAGUUUAGUAUUCUUGCUAAUUCUAACGUAUUUUAUUUCAGUGUGGUACUGGAAGUUGAAGAAUCGCAUCGCACGGACUAUUCAACUCACUCUUCUCUGGAGGAGAGAACUGGAGGCAAGAUUAAGCUGACUAUCAAGGAUCACACACAGUCUGUGAAAGGUCCUGUCGAUGCUUUAAGUACCAGUUUCCACUAAGUGAACGAGUGCUCAAGCGAAUUCAGGAGAUGAUUAGAGCGUUGGUGCUUGUUCGAUCACAGGUCGGAUCGAUAAGAGAUGAUCCUUACUGCACCUCUAGGGAGAAUAGUUUAGAACUGAUAGAGCUAUCCCGUAUAAAUAAAGUUACUUUAGUUUAGGUUUUCUCCUGUAGUAACACAGGAUCAAUAAGAGAUGAUCCUUACUGGACCUCUAGGAAGAACAGUUUAGAACUGAUAGAGCUAUCCAGUAUAAAUAAAGUUAGUUUAGUUUAGGUUUCCUCCUGUUGUAACACAGGAUCAAUAAGAGAUGAUCCUUACUGGACCUCUAGGACGAACAGUUUAGAACUGAUAGAGCUAUCCAGUAUAAAUGCACAAUAACUUGGUGCAUUGGGUAUUAGUCCAUGUCUUUCGCCUCUGAUUGAGGUUUGAUUUCUGCAAUAUGCCGACUUGUCUGAUUAUGUGAGAAGAAACUCUGUAAUGGUUUUCUUGUAGAUGGAAUAUUCGAACGCAAAUUUAUAUACAGUUUCACACGUAACCUAGUAACCUUGGUUAGAGCGCUGUAUGGGAAUCACAGGUUCGAUUCCUACCACAAGGCCUGUAGUAUAACCUUGGUUAGAGCACUGUAUGGGAAUCGCAGGUUCGAUUCCUACCAGAAGGCCUGAAGUAUAACCUUUGGUUAGAGCACUGUAUGGGAAUCGCAGGUUCGAUUCCUACCAGAAGGCCUGAAGUAUAACCUUUGGUUAGAGCACUGUAUGGGAAUCGCAGGUUCGAUUCCUACCACAAGGCCUGUAGUAUAACCUUGGUUAGAGCACUGUAUGGGAAUCACAGGUUCAAACCUGUGAUUCCCAUACAGUGCGCUAACCAAGGUUAUACUUCAGGCCUUCUGGUAGGAAUCAAUUCCUACCAGAAGGCCUGAAGUAUAACCUUUGGUUAGAGCACUGUAUGGGAAUCGCAGGUUUGAUUCCUACCAGAAGGCCUGUGGUAUAACCUUGGUUAGAGCACUGUAUGGGAAUCGCAGGUUUGAUUCCUACCAGAAGGCCUGUGGUAUAACCUUGGUUAGAGUGCUGUAUGGGAAUCGCAGGUUUGAUUCCUACCAGAAGGCCUGUGGUAUAACCUUGGUUAGAGUGCUGUAUGGGAAUCGCAGGUUUGAUUCCUACCAGAAGGCCUGUAGUAACCUUGGUUAGAGCACUGUAUCGGAAUCACAGGUUUGACUCCUACCAGAAGGCCUGUAGUAUAACCUUGGUUAGAGCACUGUAUGGGAAUCACAGGUUCGAUUCCUACCAGAAGGCCUGUAGUAACCUUGGUUAGAGCACUGUAUGGGAAUCGCAGGUUCGAUUCCUACCAGAAGGCCUGUAGUAUAACCUUGGUUAGAGCACUGUAUGGGAAUCGCAGGUUCAAUUCCUGCCAGAAAGCCAGUAGUAUAACCUUGGUUAGAGCGCUGUAUGGGAAUCACAGGUUCGAUUCCUACCAGAAGGCCUGAAAUAACCUUGGUUAGAGUGCUGUACCGAAAUUGCAGGUUCAAUUCCUGCCAGAAAGCCUGUAGUUUUCUCAACUGCCCCUGGUUAGGUCUAGAAAUGCAUAUAAAUUUUCGUUAAAAUAUUCCUAAUUAGGUUUCUUCCUGUAAUAACACUGAGACAAUAAGGGAUAACUCUAAUUGAUAGAGCUGUUCAGUAUGAAUAAAACUUAGUUACCUCUACGUUAAGGAGAGCUAGCUAUUAAGUAUAAAUAAAUAUAGUUUAAAUAUAGCUUAUCAUGUCUCUUUAUUUAUGGUAACUACUAUAUGAAAUACAUUAAUCUAUCUUCGACACAACUGAACUACAGUCCCAUCUGCAAAGGGUUCUCUAUGAAACCCUUAAACACAGUCAACCAUUCCGAGGCUAAUUGUUCAUCAAUGACUCUCCCAUCACAACACAAAGUCACAUUUAUAACAUUUGAAAGUUUGUAAUUGUCAUUCACUAGCACUUGACUGUCACCAACUGUAAGCGUGGCCGACUGAGGAGGGGUGAUUAUUGCAGUGAAACUUUUUACACCCAAGUUCCCGAGGUUGGUGAUUGUGAAUGAAGCAUUUUGGAGUUGCUCAGGUCUAAGUAAUCCAUUCUUAGCUUGUUCUUUGAGUUCCUGAAAUUGAGGAGAAAAAAUUCUCAUGACCCUAAUUUGCUUGCCUUUUCCUUGUUUUGAAGGGGAAAGGAUAGUUCGCUGACCUCAGAAUGAUAUUUCGUCGAAACUUUUUUCUUCAUGAAGAUUGCUUUAGAAACAAACUUGGAGUAGGGUUAGGUUAAUAGGGUUAAGAGUAGGUGUUUGGAAUAGGGUUAGUGUUAGUAAAACCAUUGCUUUGUUACAUUUUGUCACUCUGAGGCCAGCAAAAUAACCUCUUCCGUUUUGAAGGGAAUACUGUUUGCCAUCCUGUCCAGUCACCCACUCAUUAUUUUGACUUUAAUAUUCGGGCACAUCCUCCCCCCCUCAAAAUCUGGUCAUGAAAGAAUGUACACCUACCAUUACUGUUUGAGAAAUGCUGGAUACAUCCAGCUGAUCUGCAUUAUUUAUAACUGGAGUGAUGACUCCAUUUGGAGAAUUGACAGCUAUCCCAAUAUUGAUACCACUGAGCUGCACCAAGCUGCCAUCUGACCAUGAUGUGUUCACAUGCGGUAACAGACAAAGUGCUAAUGCCGCAGCUUUUAUAACAAAGUCAUAAAUUGAUACAGAAUGAUCAAAUUUUUUGCAUAUAGCAAACAGGUUAUCAACCCUGCAAUCGAUGGUGUUGUAUGUAUGAGGUGUGGUGUUCUUCGAUUCCAUCAUCUGCCUCGCAAUUGCUUGUCUUGCGCUACUCAGACCAACAUCAACAUAGCCAAUAUUUGAUUCCUGAGUCAUAGGGCCACUGGCUGGGAUUUUGUCUGAAAG